CCAUCAACGGGCGAGGCCGAAGACUGCCGAAGGCGUUCGGGCGGACUCGGCGGCGGGCGACGGUUUGGCUUCGGCGUCCGUGGAAAGUGUGUUAAGUAGCGCUUGGGAGUAAAAAGAGACGCGGCUGGGGUGAGAUCGAGUCCCCGCACCGAGACCGAGAACGGUCGGACAGGACGGGAAAGAGCGAGAAGCACGCAAUUGUAGCAAGACAUAAAAGUUGAAAGGUGGAGGAGAGUUGCAUCUCUGGGUGCGGCUCGAGCUGAGAGGAGGUGAGAGACUCGCUGGAGGUUGUCCGUGUGCCCGGGCUCGGGAGUUACGGGCAUCGUGAGCCGGGGCAGCUGGACAUUAUGCUCGGAGCUGAGGGAGACUUGAGACGGCCGUCUGCGGUAUGAAUAUUUGAGGAUCAACAACUGGAAGGAUUGGUAUCUGGACUUGAGUUACAGGACUACAGCCAUCCUGGAAUAUGGUACUUCAGUGCUUGACAGUGCUACCAUUCAUGGUGAUCCUGAGCUAUCUGGCAAAAUACAUCCAAGCAGAUUCACUGCCAAGUUUUACCCGAAUCCCUGUGGACCAGAUUGGAAUUUCUGGAGGAGUGGCUUCAUUUGUGUGCCAAGCAGUAGCAGAACCUAAACCUCGUAUCACUUGGAUGAAAAAAGGGAAGAAAGUCAGCUCUCAGCGCUUUGAGGUUAUAGAAUUUGAUGAUGGCACUGGAUCAGUGCUUCGAAUUCAACCACUAAGAGCACCACGAGAUGAAGCAAUCUAUGAGUGCACAGCAGCGAAUAGUGUUGGGGACAUAACAACGAGUGCCAAACUAACAGUACUUGCAGAAGAACAGCUGCCUCAUGGAUUCCCCACCAUUGACAUGGGCCCACAGCUGAAAGUGGUCGAACGGACUCGCACAGCUACAAUGCUCUGUGCUGCCAGUGGAAACCCAGAUCCUGAAAUCACAUGGUUUAAGGACUUCUUGCCAGUGGACACCAGCAACAGCAAUGGGCGAAUUAAACAACUCAGAUCAGGAGCCUUGCAAAUUGAGAAUAGUGAAGAAUCCGACCAGGGCAAAUAUGAAUGUGUAUCAACUAACAGCGCUGGAACGCGUUACUCUGCUCCAGCUAACUUAUAUGUCAGAGUGCGUCGAGUUCCCCCUCGGUUCUCUAUCCCACCCACUAGCCAUGAAGUGAUGCCAGGGGGCAGCGUUAACCUUACCUGUGUGGCUGUGGGUUCACCCAUGCCUUAUGUGAAAUGGGUGGCUGGAGCAUUGGAACUCACACCAGAAGAAGACAUGCCUGUUGGACGUAACGUUCUGGAACUGGUUAAUAUCAAGGAAUCUCAGAAUUACACAUGUGUUGCCAUGUCUUCACUGGGUGUUAUUGAGGCAACAGCACAAAUAACAGUUAAAGCUUUACCAAAGCCACCCACAAUGACGAGCGUUACAGAGACAACUGCUACCAGUGUUACAUUGACAUGGGAAUCAGGAAAUAUGGAACUGAUACCAUACUAUGUUAUUCAAUAUAAACCAAAAUCCUCUGAUGGACCUUUCCAAGAGGUGGAUGGAGUUGCCACCACACGAUACAGUAUUGGAGGUCUCAGCCCAUACUCAGAGUAUGAAUUCCGAAUCAUUGCAGUAAAUAAUAUAGGCAGAGGUCCUCCCAGUGAACUAGUGGAAACCAGAACAGGUGAGCAGGCUCCAUCCAGCCCGCCUUUAAAAGUCCAGGCUCGUAUGCUGAGUGCCAGCACCAUGUUAAUCCAGUGGGAGGAACCAGAAGAGUCUAAUGGACAGAUCCGGGGUUAUCGUGUAUAUUAUACUACAGAUUCCAGGCUUCCCUUAAAUAUGUGGUACAAACAUAAUUUGGAUGACAGCCGUCUAACAACCAUCGGUAGUUUAAUAACAGAUACAAUAUACAGCAUCCGUGUAUUGGCAUUCACCUCAGUUGGCGAUGGACCACCAUCUGAAAUUAUACAAGUCAAAACAAAGCAAGGAGUUCCAGCUCAACCAACCGAAUUCCAAGCUGAAGCAGAGUCUGAUACUAGCAUUGCACUCUCUUGGGUGUUACGUCAACAAGAGAAAAUUAUCAAAUAUGAACUAAUAUACUCUGAGGGCAUUGAUGGAAAAGAGGAACAAGUGAUGUUUGACCCUAAAUCUUCAUACACUGUGGAAGGCUUGAAGCCAGACAAAAUGUACUACUUUCGUUUGGCAGCACGAUCAGAUCAUGGUUUAGGAGCAUACACACAAAGAAUUUCUGCAAAAACCAUGCAAUCAACCCCCUCCGCCCCACCUCAGGAUGUCCAUGGAUUUUCCAUCAGCUCCACCAGCAUUCGGGUAAGUUGGUAUCCGCCACCAGCAAACAGUCGUAAUGGCGUCAUUACCAAAUACUCCAUUAUAUAUCAAGCAGUGGAUAGUGAGGACAGCGGAAAGCAUGUUUUGGACAACCUUGCAGCGGAUGCAACCAGCUCAGUUAUCGAGGACCUGGAGAAGUGGACUGAAUAUCAGGUGUGGGUAAGAGCUCACACCAACGUUGGGCCAGGUCCGAAGAGCACACCUGUGAGUGUCCGCACGGAUGAGGAUGUGCCUAGUGCACCACCACGGAAAGUAGAAGCAGAGUCAGUGAACUCAACAACAAUCAAAGUAACGUGGAAACCUCCAAUAUCAAGCAAGCAACAUGGACUGAUCCGGGGAUACCAGGUCACCUAUGUACGUUUGGAUAAAGGGGAACCACAAGGACAACCAAUAAUUAAAGAUGUGAUGCUAGCAGAAGAACAGUGGGAGUCUGAGGACACCCAGGAAUAUGAAGCCAUUAUUGGGGGACUGAUGCCUGAAACAACAUAUUCCAUUACUGUGGCAGCAUAUACGACCAGAGGGGAUGGAGCCCGUAGCAAACCCAGGCUGGUUACUACUUCAGGAUCUGUUCCAGGUAUGCCUGCAAUGGUUAUCAGUGUCACUAAAAUGAACACUGCCCUCAUUCAGUGGCAGCCACCACAACAAAUGGUGGAUGAUCUGCUAGGUUUCCGACUACAGUAUAGUCGGACUGAUGAAGAUAAGCCAAACAUUAUUGAACUUAGUAAGAAUGAUAACCAUUACACAGUAAUGAACUUACACAAAGGGGCCACAUACAUCUUCCGGUUGAGUGCCAAAAACAAAGCAGGAUUUGGUGAGGAGACUGUGAAAAAAAUCGUAACACCAGAAGAUGUGCCAAAUGGGUUCCCCCAAAACCUACAUGUUGUGGGACUUACAACAUCCACCACUGAGCUUUCAUGGGACCCACCAGUUAUGGCGGAGAGGAAUGGGAAAGUGAUCCUCUACACAGUGUUGUUCCGUGAUAUCAACAGCCAAAAGGAUCUCACCAAUACUACUAACGAAACUCAGAUAACACUGAGCAGUCUAAAACCAGACACUACUUAUGACAUUCGAGUGAGAGCUCACACUUCCAAAGGGCAUGGUCCAUACAGUCCUAGUAUUCAGUCCCGUACCAUGCCAGUUGACCAAGUGUUUGCGAAGAACUUUCGGGUCAAGGCAGUGAUGCAGACAUCAGUGUUAUUGAGCUGGGAAGUACCAGAAACAUACAAGCCAGGCGUCUCUUUUAAGAUCCUGUACAAUGGCCAAAGCAUAGAGGUUGAUGGACAAUCCAUGCGAAAACUUAUUACAAAGCUUCAGCCUGACACCGAGUACUCCUUUGUGUUAACAAACCGUGGAAAUAGUGCUGGUGGACUACAGCAGGUGGUAUCGAUCCGAACUGCUCCUAACCUGCUGCGCACAAAACCAGUUGUGUACAGCAAAAAUAUCCAGGAUGGCAAAUUGCCAAUCAAUCUGCCAAAGGUCCAGACCACAUCCAUUGUCAAGUGGUAUUUUAUUGUAGUGGUACCAUUUGAUAGAACCCAACGUGCUGUUACAGACAAAUUGCAGAAUCCUGAGGAGAUGGACCUUGAUGAUCUGUUUGAAGGAAUAAGCCACCAUCAUAAUAUUCGGCAACGACGUCAGUCUGAGAGACCAAAGCCAUAUAUUGCUGCCCAACUGCAGAAACUACCAGACACAUUCACACUUGGAGACGAACAGACCUAUGGAGGGUUUUACAAUAAACCACUAUCUCCCAACCACAGUUACCUGUGCUUUGUUUUGGCAGCAUUAGAGGAGAAGGAUACACAGAUGUAUGCUGCUAGCCCCUACUCUGAUACAAUUCUGGUGGAGGUAACCCCAUCGCCGAAUGCACAGGAUGAUCCUGAGAUGCUGUGGGUGAUGGGACCAGUACUUGCUGUUGUGUUAAUUAUCAUCAUUGUUAUUGCUAUACUUCUUUUCAAAAGGAAAAGAGCAAGUUCUCCAUCUGCUAAGGAUGAUGUUCCUGGUGGAAAAGACCCACUGCUGGCACACUCUUCAGACCCUGUGGAGAUGAGAAGGCUAAACUAUCAAACUCCAGGUCCAAGUGUCCCCAGUUGCCCAAACAACUCAAGCAUGAGGGACCAUCCACCAAUCCCCAUCACUGAUCUUGCUGACAACAUUGAAAGAUUGAAGGCCAAUGAUAAUUUGAAAUUCUCACAGGAAUAUGAGUCAAUUGAUCCUGGUCAACAGUUCACAUGGGAGAAUUCCAACAUGGAAGUGAACAAACCGAAAAACCGCUAUGCCAAUGUUAUUGCAUAUGACCAUUCAAGGGUUAUCCUCACCUCUGUCGAUGGGGUGCCAGGCAGCGACUACCUGAACGCCAAUUACAUUGAUGGGUACAGGAAACAGAAUGCCUACAUUGCUACGCAGGGCCCACUUCCAGAAACUCUCAGUGACUUCUGGCGAAUGGUAUGGGAGCAAAGAACCGUCACUAUAGUAAUGAUGACAAGACUAGAAGAGAAAUCAAGGGUGAAAUGUGAUCAAUAUUGGCCAUGCCGCGGCACAGAAACGUAUGGAAUGAUUCAGGUCACCCUACUGGACAUGGUGGAGCUAGCAACCUAUUCUGUACGAACAUUCGCACUAUAUAAGAAUGGCUCGAGUGAGAAACGGGAAGUGCGUCAGUUCCAGUUCAUGGCUUGGCCAGACCAUGGUGUUCCAGAAUACCCUACUCCAAUAUUGGCCUUCCUAAGGAGAGUUAAAGCAUGCAACCCCCCAGAUGCUGGUCCUAUGGUGGUUCACUGCAGUGCUGGUGUGGGUCGAACUGGCUGCUUUAUUGUGAUCGAUGCCAUGCUAGAAAGGAUCAAACAUGAGAAGACAGUUGAUAUCUAUGGUCAUGUCACCUGCAUGAGAGCACAGCGAAAUUACAUGGUGCAAACAGAAGAUCAGUAUAUCUUCAUUCAUGAGGCCCUCCUUGAGGCAGCAACAUGUGGAAACACAGAAGUUCCAGCAAGAAAUCUCUUUGCCCACAUACAGAAACUUGGCCAGGUUCCACCAGCAGAGACAGUCUCAGCCAUGGAGCUCGAAUUCAAGCGCUUGGCAAACUCAAAAGCACAUACCUCACGAUUCAUCAGUGCCAAUCUCCCUUGUAACAAGUUUAAGAACCGGCUAGUAAACAUCAUGCCAUAUGAGUCCACCCGGGUUUGCCUGCAGCCAAUCCGAGGAGUUGAGGGCUCUGAUUACAUAAAUGCCAGCUUCAUCGAUGGGUACAGGCAGCAGAAAGCUUAUAUUGCCACACAGGGACCACUGGCAGAGACCACAGAAGAUUUCUGGCGUAUGCUGUGGGAGCACAAUUCCACAAUUGUAGUAAUGCUCACAAAAUUGCGCGAGAUGGGUCGAGAAAAGUGCCACCAGUACUGGCCAGCAGAGCGCUCUGCUCGGUAUCAAUAUUUUGUAGUCGAUCCAAUGGCUGAAUACAGUAUGCCACAGUAUAUCCUGCGGGAGUUCAAAGUAACAGAUGCCAGGGAUGGUCAGUCUCGAACAAUCCGGCAGUUCCAGUUCACUGAUUGGCCUGAACAAGGAGUGCCAAAAACAGGAGAGGGAUUCAUUGAUUUCAUUGGUCAAGUACACAAGACUAAGGAACAGUUUGGACAGGAUGGACCUAUCACUGUGCAUUGCAGUGCUGGUGUGGGUCGAACUGGUGUUUUCAUUACCCUGAGCAUUGUGCUGGAACGGAUGAGGUACGAGGGAGUUGUGGACAUGUUUCAAACAGUGAAGACAUUACGAACACAACGGCCUGCCAUGGUUCAAACAGAGGACCAGUACCAGUUAUGUUACCGAGCAGCGCUGGAGUACCUUGGAAGCUUUGAUCACUAUGCAACGUAACUUCUAUCACCCAAUCAGAACUUGUGACUUUCAGGACCCAGAAAAUAAUUUUUUGAGCCAUAUCAAAUCAUUGUUUGGUUAUCCUAUACAGCGAGUUGUCAAGGUGUAAUGAUAUCAGCAACUCAGAAAUCUAUCAUGGUUCUUGGACUUAUCAGGAACUAAUUUGACUUGUUUUAACUCCGAACCAAUAUGGUAAUAAUUUACACAUCUCAAAUCCUCUUCAAUCUACAUGGGAUUCCUUUUUUGAUUAUAAGUUUAGCUCAAAUAUAAUGCAUCAGUUUUUUUUGGGCUUUAACAGGGGUGCCAUCAACAAUUUUAUAAAUCUUUUUAUUAAAAUUGGUAUUUUUUUCUGAAGCUAAAUUGUUUUGCUCAAUGGCAAAACAGAAUUCCUUGUGCUGUAAAUGCAUUUUUUAAUUUUAUUAUAAUUGGUUAAGUUUUUAUAUUCUCCUUUUUGCUGAUUUAAGGGUUCUUUAUGUUUGCAACAGAGCUGCCCAUUUUAGUGCAGCUCUGUAUUUAAUCCGGGGUGACUGGAAUCUUAACCACUGUUCUGAUAAUAGCUGCUGUAUCUACUCCUAGGGAUAGACAAAUCAAACUGAAGUUUAAUCUUAUAUGGAAGUGUCUUCUCUCCAGAUACUGUACAAUACAAAACUAUUAAUACUGAAUAAAGCAGGAGCCUGGUGCUGUUAGAUGAAUUUAAUAAAAAAAAACAAGGAUGCAUUUUGGUUUUGUACAGUUUCUUAAUAUGACCGAUUUGAUCCUUUCCUUGUUUUAAAAAAAAUAAAAAUGUUAGAAAAAGUAAUCAAUACCCAAUAAUCUGCCAGUCUAUUGGAGAUAAAUUUAAACUGGAUCACAACCAACUUCAUGUAAACACUGCAGCGCACCUUGCUACAAACUUCAAUCACCUGCCCAGAGAAGAACUGGGAGCAGCAACGCUUAAUUGUCACCAAUCAGACCAGUUGGUCUCUGUUUUACCUUGACUAUUGUGGGAGUUAAGACUGCUAAGCGUUUCCUUACCAAUAGCCUGAAUUUUCCAGUUAGCUAUUAUGGUGGGUGGAAGUCCUGUGAUUGGAUAAUCAACUGUUAUUCUGUGGAGCUGUUGCAGUAGGGUGUCUGGGUGUGGAAUUGGGGAAGGUGGUGGAUGAAUGCCAAAUAUAAUCAAUUAGAAUGAUAUCGACUGUAACCUGAUUUGAAAAGGUUGAAUUGUUCGGAACACGCUCAUUUUUACCUUGUGUAUGCAUAGUGCUGUAGGGGUUACUCUGUUGUAUACACAGUCUGUUUUCUAUUUGUUGAUAAAUGAGAUCAUCAUUGGAAAAGUCUUGAUGUUAAUAAAGUUGAAUAAUCGGGUUUUAUACAA